AUGAGCGGCGGGCGUAGCGGGCGAUCCGCCGUGAAGAUGGAGGCGCCGUUUUACCCCGAGGAGGGACUGGAACUGCUGCCCGACUUCGUGCCGCUGCCGGGUUUCGUCUACCGGCAGCCGGUGACGCAGGAACAGGAGGGUUUCGCCGACGGUUUCGUCAAGGCCCUGGCCGACCUGCACAAGCAGAACCAGCUCCUGGCGGCACCGCCGCCGCUCUCCGCGCCGGGACCCUGCUGCACCGCCCGCCCGGGGCCACCGGGAGCCCCCGCCACUGCCGCCGCCGACCCUCCGGCCGUCUACACCAACUUGAGCGGCUUCAACCCCGCGGGGCCGCUGAGCCCCUCGGGCAGCGCCUACCCCUCCGCCUCCGCCCCGCCGCCGCCGCCGGGCCUGGCCUUCGGGGCCGCGGGUCUGGGAAGCGGCCGGCUGCCGCCGGCGCGGUCUCUGGAGGAGCCGCAGACGGUGCCCGAGGUGCCGCCGUCGGCGGGCGGGGAGGGUGGCAGUAGCGCGCCGACGCCACCGUCGCUGUCGCCGCUGGACGCGGAGAGCCAGGAGCGGCUGAAGGCAGAGCGCAAGCGGCUGCGAAACCGCAUCGCCGCCUCCAAGUGCCGCCGGCGGAAGCUGGAGCGCAUCGCCCGGCUGGAGGAGAAGGUGAAGGCGCUCAAGGGGCAGAACGCCGAGCUGGCCGCCACCGCCAACCUCCUCCGCGCCCAGGUCACCCAGCUGCAGGGUCGUGUCCGCAGCCACCUCUCCUCUGGCUGCCACAUCAACGCCGCCGGGCAUCCUCCUCCUCCUCACGCCGCCGCCCAGCCGCGGGAGACUCCCCCCGAGGCGGCCGCCGCCGCGCCGGAGACCAGCGCCUGCUGAGGAGGGACACCCCGCCGGCUCCGGCCCCAGGGGCCCGGGGGCACCGCGGGGCCAAGGGGACAUGAGUUCUUGUGCUGGAGUCCUGCUUGGGCGGUAUCCUCUCAAGUCAAUGAGGACUAACUGAAGAAACAGCAAAUCCAGCCUUUAUGAACUAAUUCUUCUGAAGCACAGAUACCUGGAAAUUCAUGUCAAGGUGUUGUGUGUAGACAUCAGCAUACAUAGAGAAGGGGAUGGCCAAAGGAAGGAACUGGGAUUUUCUUAGCUGCAACAGUACACAGUGGGGUUUUUCAUAUGCUUUUGUUGUGGUCAAAUUCUUCCAGAAGACAACUAUGCUGCAUUUCUUUGUGUGAUCACAAGGUGAUUUUUUAGAUUUCCAGUUAAAUUGGAGGACUGUCAAGCCUUGCAAUGCUAAAUUAACACAAAAAGAGAACUUACUUUGAAGUCACAUUUAGCCUUAAUGCUAUCUGAAAUGCUGCAGUUCAUGUGUAGUAGUUUACUUCAAGGUGAAGUUAUGAUUAUCAUAAAUAAUGUUUUAAAGUAGUCACCCUAAAUAAUUACCUACAUGAUGUUUGCUUUUUUGUCUGCUGUCAAAAAGUCUUUAUCCAUAGCAUAGCUAGCUGUAAAUGGAGCUUUGCUCUCAAUUUCUAGUACUGGUAACAAAUAGGGUCUGCAAUAGUUUCAGGAGUAAAUGUUCUGGCUAAAGAAUGACCAUUUCUUUAGUGAUGAUUGGGUUUGAAGCCUUGCUGACAUGGAGAUAAUAGAUAUGACCAGUUCACUGUGCACUAAUACACUGCUACAUUCUGAUAUUUAGCACACUGCUGACAAGAUUUACUACUACUGUUACUUACUGGUUAAGAACCAUGUAUGGGUGGAAUUGUAAGUCACCUAAAUAGGGUCCAUGCAGCCUUGGAGAGCUGUCUUGCUGCAGAUCAGUAAAAGACUCCCAUCCCAUACAAGGGGGAGGAGAAAAAUCAUUGGUUGCAGUCUCUGUUUUGGUUUUGCAAGUUCAAUUACUUUUUUAGGUUGAGUCCUGUUUAUCUCAAAAUUUAUUUUAAUAAAUUUGAAAACCUUUCUAAUAAGUACCUUGAAGCAUGUCUUGCAAUUGUUCAGUUUCAAUCAGUGUUUGUCCAAUUGUGGUAUUACUUCUGUCAUAGAUUAAGAAAGCUGGAGCUGUUAAGAGUCAGGCUUCUCACUGCAUCCCUGUUCUUAAACAAUGGUCUGAAUAGGUGAAAAAUCAUGACCAAUAGCUUGAACUCUGAGGAGUUGUUUGAUACCAUUUUCUUGUCCUCUUCAGACAGCUUCCCACUGCCCCAAGGGAUGUGUCCCUCCUGCCUCAUAUGGAAAAUUGACCUUUAAGAACUAACUGUUUUAAACUAACUAACUAACUAACUAACUAACUAACUGACUAACUAAAGAUAGUCUUCUGGUACAUGCUGAGUAAUUUGAAAGAUAACAUACUGAACUUGAUAAUCUUUCCCACACCUCUGUUUCAAAAAUCUUCAGAUUUUCUUGUAAAGCAGGACACAAGCAGUGGAGUAGUGUCAAAUAAAGUUAGUGUGCUGCUCCAGAGAAUGUAUUUUGGAUAGUCGUCUUCUUUUUUCCUAGUAAUAGCUAUGGAAAGAGAGCAGUAGAAGAUACUGAUAUAUAACUUGCUGUUCUUCACAAGUAGAGACAGAGUUUGAAUUCUUGGAUUUUUCCAACUUUUACCAUUCUGUUUUUUAACAUCCUUCAUGGGAGGGUAGCAGAAAUAGUGAGGAAAUACUAUCAGGGAGUUAAAUGUUCUUGUUAUACUUAGUGUCACGUAAGUUACGGCCGUAAGUAGCUCGGACACCUUCAGAAUAGGGAUUCCUAAAAUACUGCCAAAGUGUUUUUGUCAAUCCAAACCAUUUUGUGCCAGUUACUAAAAUGGUAUUGUAAAUCCUUGUGACUUUUGACAGUCUUUUGACAGUCUAAGUCAAAUCACCGCACAAGCUGAUAUGUCCGCAUGGUAUGAUACCUGUUUCCCAGCAGUCCAAUAGUGUCUAAUGAAGUUUACUUCUUUAUUCCUUUCCCCACUGGUAGUAGAGAUGAUGGUCGAAGUUAUCAGCAGCAGGAACGAGACAAAGAAAUUGAAUUCAAGGAAAAAAUAAUACUUAUCUCUGAAACAGUAUUUAAUGGUAGUAUUUGUAGUAUGUUUAAGUAGCAGAUAAUUAGGACUGCUAUUCAGAAUGCUUUUUAACUUUGUUUUGUUAUUACUGCAUAAGUGUCUUCUAAAUGUCUCUUCUUUAGAAACUAUGCCCCUGCCUGCUUGGCCUGAUGACUAGUGAUUUCACACUUAUCCUUAUUUAUUUAAAGCCAUGGCAACCACCAUACUGAAAUGUCAUCAAGUAAAGCCCAGGUCUGCAUGCUGACUGGUGAUGCAAAGGUCUGCUCUCUAAUAAAAUGCAGCCCAUGAAGGACGAGCUCCAAAAGGCAGCUACGCCCUGUCUUCAAGCAUUUGCUCUAAUUUCAAGGCUUUGCCAUGUGGUGUUGCUCAAUGUGCAGCAAAACAAGUUCUUGCGAGCCCCUUGAGCAUUCCUCCACGUGUAACAGAUUAAAUAUUCAGGCUUUGUUGACUCUCCCACAUGCCCCAAAAAAAAAAACCAAACCAAAACCAACAGAAUUAAACCCAAACCUGAAACAAAAGACCCAACACAAGUAUAUAUUGGAGAAUUGUUUUGCUUUGUUGCAAAGUGCUGUUAAUUACAGAGACGCUUAGUGCACUUCUGACAUGUGAGCCAUCAAUCUAAACACUCCCAACAGUGAUUUUGCUUUGGUUGUGCUUUGCUGCUUUGUACAGGACAAAGGGAAGGGAGUAAGUGUUGCAAUAUGUAUUGUGCAAUUCCUGACUUUUAAAUAGAAAAUGAUAGGCAAGUCUGCAUAGUCUUGCACACCAAAAUUUAGCCACUGAUUUUUGCCCCUCCCACUCUUCCUUAUCAGGAAUACUGGCUAAUCAGGAAUACUGGCUUCUUAAGGUCAAAAAGAGAGAAGGGGAAAAGGGUAGAGAGAUUAAGAAGUGGCAGUACCAGAGGUAUCUUGCUGUGAAGGGCCUUGGACCUCCUUGGCCUUAAAGCUCAAUCUGUAAGGUUACCUCUAGUUUAUGAUAUCUGAGGGUAAUUCUUGACUCCCAGUGCAGCAUCUUACCAGGAAAGGCAGCUGGGUCUGUAUUGCUGAAUAAGUCUUUUGGUGAAGUAGCUCUUCAGCUUUCUGUGUUUUUCCGUCCAUGGAGUUGUAGCACAUUAUUCCAGGGCAGUUUCUCUUUCCUGUAGUGUCUCAUCUAAAGUUGACUUGUUGUUCCUACAGUUUCUGCCUACACUGAAAAAUCUUUCUGAGGUUUGGGGGACCACACAUGUGCCCUCACUGUGUGGUAUUUAUGAUGGCUAAUCUUGUAUGACUUGAAAGAGAUCCCCUUAGAAAGGAGUAGCUCCAGUUAGGUGCAGACUGGGAAAGAUUAAAUUAAUUAUUCUUUGUGCAGUAUGUCUUUCUGUCAGUUCAACAGAGGAACUAACUCUCAUAGAUAAAGGAGAGGUCUUGGGCAAUAGGGCCCAGCUUUGAAAACCCUUGGUGAUUUCUGGUUCUUGCUGAGCUUCUCUGAUGCAGAAAACACUUAAUGAUCUGCAUUACUAUAAUCACAAUACCUUGCAAUAUCUUGGGCUGGGCUGCUGGUAGUAUCACGUAUGUUCUGUGGUCCUUACUGGGAUUCAUGCCACAUGCUGAUUAACAGAAUAAGGGAUUUCCUGUAAAAGCUAAGAAUCCCCCCCUGUUGUGUCACCACCAGCAUUUCCAAGCUCUCUUUUUGUCCAAAAGAGGUGUGAGCAAACUGCUGCUUCCUACAGUUCUUCAAUCCAAGCUGGUUCUUCAUAGGCCUUCAGGCAUGGCGCUUCCUCCUUCAGGGUAGCUCUUCAAAAUCAGAAGUGGAAGCAGAGCAGUUCAAACUGGGCUUUGCUCUUCCAGCAGCUGACAUGCAACUAGUUGGUGGGUGGGUGUUUGUCUGCAUCCUUUCUUGGGUUUUUUUAAAGUUGGGUUAUGUGUACAUUCUUAUUCUGCCUUACUAAAUUAGCUGGCACAGAGGAAGCCUCUGAGAAACCCUUUAAAAAUCUCUGCUUUUGGUAGAAUUUUAUAAAAUUGCAGCAUGUGACUAAAUUAAAAAAAAACCCAAUGAAACAAAACCCCCAACAAAACAAAACA